AUGACUAAAAGCAAAUCCUUGGUGUCAACCAAGAAAAGACAGAGCGUUCUUCCCCUCCAUCGCUGGCGCCGGAUGGGUGAAUCUCUCUCGUGUAAUAUGGCUCUACCUGAUGUAAAGGUCCGUGCUUUCGAUAAGCAGGGGAACAUGACGACAAAACAAUGCGGGAUGGCUUCUUUUUACCUUAGACAGACAACGCUUUUUUAUUUUAUACGCUCCUAUCCGUGGUCGUGGCUGAUGGUGAUUUCGAUUGUCUUCUAUUUAGUCCUUGUGAUGGGCAUUACGGGACUGUAUUAUGGCUGGGCGUGGGCCUGCGGGGGGCCCGACUCGACAAGUGCGAUCACAUCGCUUUACUUCACUGUGGUGAGCCUCGCGGCGAAUGGGGGUUAUAUGGGCGAGGCCGCGAGCAUGGAGAAUCCAAGCAAUGUCUGCUAUUAUGGACGAACCUUUAUCGUUAUGCUGGCUUCAUUUACGAAUAUCAUCCUUGUCGGGUUGAUCGCAGCCCUAGUGGUGGGGAAGGCGGAGUCCACAGGAAAGUUUGGCAAUCGUAUCAUUUUUAGCAAUUUUUGCACGUUAACAAGAGCGACAUGGCAGCAAAAGACCUGGGAACUGAAGUUUCGCAUGGCAAAUAUAGCAAGCAAAAAGCCACUUGCACAAGGUCAAUUGCAUCUUUUUUGCAUUUUUUUGGAACCUCUCAAUGAUGAUCACACGCUGAUAAAGACCUUGCUGGAGAAAGAAUCGAUUCAAUGUAAAAAGGCAUGCGCCUUAGAUCAAGAAACUGCGCCGAUGGAAGCACUCUCUAAUGAUGCUAUUAACGAAACUCACGAUCUGACUUCGAAUAGCGCAUUUGUUUCUGCGAGUAAUGUGAGUCUCUCGAAGACUUCUGACCCUAAGAAUAAAGACCCUGUAAGGGUUUCUGAAUUUCUUGAAAAGUUAUCCAUUCGGGGAGAAGGAAACAUAGAUCAAAAAGAAAGCCCUGAUGAGGCUGAAUGGACUCUUCCAAUGGAAAAAAACGUUGAUACUAUUCCCUUCCCUCUUUUAGGGCACAAAGAAGAUGAAAAAUCUGAUGAGGAUAAGAAGAACUCGAGCUCCGAGCGAGAUACAAAUCCUUUUAUUAUUAGGGUUCACAGUGAUGAAAAAGAAAAACCACCUCGCGUUUACGGAGGAACCUCCAACGUAGAGGAGUGUGAAAUAAACCUUUUAUAUACUCAGAAGAGGUCUGGUAAUACUCUACAAAUUAAGAAUCGGUGUCAAUCUAACACGUUCUCCGCUGAAGUGGAUCCAUUGCUUGGGAAAUCCCACCCAAAUAAUCAACAUGAUUACUUGGAGGAACAUUUAAGAAGUGAAGAAGAGAAUUCAGGGCGUAUUCAGCAGGUUAAGCUCAGAGUUGUGGAACUCCAGUGGAGUUGCUCGGAAGAAGAAUUUCUGGAUAAAGAAAAUCGGCAGCUCUCCCUUUGGUAUCCAUCUACCAUUUGCCAUGUUGUUGAUAAGCACAGCCCGCUCUAUCGUUUUUUUUAUAAUCAGGUUAAAAAUUCCUCGUUUUCGAGCUCUACAGAUAAGGAUAAGCACUCUUUGGAUACUUCGUCUACGUUGAUAGGGUUGCCUGAAUUCUUUCAGAUCGUGGCGGUAUUUGAUGGCAUCGAGACUGAAAGUGGUGCUACAAUUAUGGAAAAACAUGCUUACACAUCCAUUGAUAUUUUGAGAAAUUAUAAGUUUUCAAACAACCUAAUGAAUAUGCACACUGAGAGCUCGGAGAUCCACUUGAAUUACAACUUCUUCAACGUAGUGUAUCCUAUAACGGAGGAUUUUAUUCAUCGUUAA